GCUAGCGAUGCCCGCUAGCACGUAUGCGGCGCGCCGGUGUUGGCAAACAAAUGACAACUGAGAUAAAUGGAUGAUAUCAGUCUCCUAAAAUCUUCCCACUCUCUUGACUUCACCACCAUUGUCUCAUCGAAGCCAUCAUGUCCGCCCACACUCUCCCUGAUCUCCCAUACGCCUAUGAUGCUCUCGAGCCUUUCAUCUCGAGGCAGAUCAUGGAGCUUCACCACAAGAAGCACCAUCAAACCUAUGUGAACGCUCUCAAUGCUGCCGAGGCUAGCUACGCAAAAAGCUCCACCCCCAGGGAGCGCAUCGCCCUCCAGGCAGCACUCAAGUUCAACGGUGGUGGUCAUAUCAACCAUUCUCUCUUCUGGAAGAACCUGGCGCCUGCCUCCAGUGAGGGCAAGGGUAACGGUGGUUCCCUGAAGGCUGGUCCUCUUAAGGAGGCCAUCGAGCAGACCUUCGGGUCGCUCGAUGCGCUCAAGAAGGAGUUCAAUGCCACCACCGCUGGUAUUCAAGGUUCCGGAUGGGGCUGGCUCGGUUUGAACCCCUCCACAAGGCGCCUCGAGAUCACCACGACUGCAAACCAGGACCCGCUUCUGACUCACGUCCCUAUCAUCGGGGUUGACAUCUGGGAGCAUGCUUUCUACCUCCAGUAUCUCAACGUUAAGGUUGAUUACCUGAAUGCCAUUUGGAGCGUCAUCAACUUUGAGGAGGCUGAAAAGAGGUACACAGAGGGUCUUUCUUCUAGCAAGCUGUAAGCUCUCGAGGACGGCAACAGAAUAAAAUGACAGAGAAAUGAAUUCGCGUUAUGUUGUAUUAUCGAUGCGUCGCUUGUCGCAAUGAAUUUUAUCUAUUAUUCAUUCCGAUCAGUUUGGUUUCAUGUUGAAAAACGUUUGCUUGUUCAAUCUAUUUUCCCUUGAAGAAGUCGUUUAUAUUUACCACAGUAUGCGCAUACAAACCUCAUGAUUUAUAUGUCAGCAAGGCUAAUUAGACAUGCAACAGCCCAAUCUAUGUGCACAGGUUUGUUGCUUGUCUGA